AUGUUACAAGAAAAUAAUUCAGCAACCACUGCAGUCACGAGAAAUGUUUUCAUUACUUCAUUAAUUGUAAGUAAACUUCUAUAUAAUUAAUGAAUAAUCAAGCAUGCAUGUCUCGAUUAUCAAUACUAUGUGGAAAUUCGUCACAUUCUGAUGCAAUAUUUAAUACUUUAAUAGUAAUAAUAAAACUUUAUCUAUAAUCAUUAUAUAUUAAUUAUUCUUUCAAUCUUUUUCACUGAUUUUUGUCAUUUAUUUAUUUAAAAAUAAUAUAUUAAAUAUAUUAAAAAUAUAUAAUAUAUAAAUAUAUUAAAAAAUUAAAAAUAAUUUAUAAUUAUAUAUUUUAUUCAUUAUUUAAAAACUUAUAAAUAUUUAUAACAAAGAAAUAAAUAUUAUAACUUAGAAAUUAUUAUUAUUAUUACACUCAGUAACUAAUAGAUAUUUUUGUAAAUAAAAAUUGUAUUUAUUUUUGAUACAAUUUAUUGAGAUAACCAAUUUUUUAAACAAAUAUUUAUUGCAUAUAUUUUUAAGAAAAAUAAUAUUUAUUUCACAACAGUCAGGUGCCUUUGCGGGAACUACGUGCGAUUUCAUAUCAUACCCUUUGGAUACGCUUAAAACACGAUUACAAAGUCAACAUGGUUUUUUUAAAUCUGGCGGUUUUAAACAAUUAUACAAGGGUUUGGGCCCUGUAAUGAUAGGAUCUGCACCAUCGGCUUCCCUAUUUUUUAUAAGUUAUGAAAGCAUAAAAGUAAUGUUUCAACCUCAAAUACCUGAACAAUAUCAUGCAUUUAUACAUAUGACUGCUGCAUCAUUGGGAGAAAUGGUUGCAUGUCUUAUUCGAGUCCCAGUAGAAGUAGUGAAACAAAGAAGACAGGCGCUUUUAAGUGAUGCCCAUAAAUUACCAUUGAGUGCUUUAUAUCGUGGCUACGGAAGUACUGUUAUAAGAGAUUUGCCGUUCGGUUUAAUACAGAUGCCACUCUGGGAGUAUUUUAAACUUUAUUGGAAAAAAAACGUAAAACGUGAAUGCACGUCCGUAGAGAGCGCUAUCUGCGGAUCGGUGUCAGUUGCUAUAUCUGCGGCUCUUACAACACCUUUAGACGUUGCAAAAACUAGAAUAAUGCUGUCAAAUGUGACGGCAGGGAAAGAUGAGAUAAAAAUAUCCGUGAUGUUAAAUAAAGUUUACCAUGAUCAUGGUUUUAAAGGACUUUUUGCAGGAUUUGUACCAAGAGUUGGUGGUUUCACAAUUAGUGGAUUCGUAUUUUUUGGUGUUUAUGAAAAAGUUAAAGAAAUUUGUACUAUAGUUUUCUCACCAUAA